CAAUUGCUGAAAAUUGUGGGCAGGGUCGCAAAUGGUGUGAGUUAUGGAGUUGAAGCAGGUGACGGUGUAGGCGAAGGCCUCGCAUAUCACGGCGAGGAGACGGACGGCGGUGAAGGGCUGCAACUGCAGAUUCCGCACUUCGGCACUAUCGAAUUCCUUCGCCAUGGUAUACAGCGAUCUGGGCCAGUAACGACCGUGUCUCAAGAUCCGACUCUUUCAACUGGCGAGGGGCUUGACUUCCUGAACGUGAAUGGUUCAAGCAUGGCUCCUGUUCCAGGGAUCGAUGGCGAGUGGGACAUGCAGGGUAUUGACCUGGCAUUAUUCGAAGGGCUGUUUGGCGAGUCAAGCGUGCUGGAUGCGACAGGCACAUUGAGCUGGAUGUAGACCGAACGUCGGGUGCAUGGCGUUAAGUGACUGGUUGGCAUUGAAUAGGCGUGAUUCUGGUAUAAACUUCAUCUAGGAGGAGCGUUCAGGAUGUAUGUAUGAGCUUCACGAUCAGAGCUUCAAGGCGGUCAGCAUUCUGCCACCUCCGCUUUGUAACUCCAGCAAAGCUCAGUCUCAACUCACAUCUCACGUUCCACCUUCCAAAUGCUCAAGUACAUCUGCGUGAAGCGUUCGUGCAUCUCGACGUAUGCUUAGUGACCCGAUGUGUGUAUCGAGACUGGACACGCGCCACCGGUUCAGGAGCUGCAGGACGCCCCUCGUGCCAAGUCCUUCGGGACCGAAGCCUCAAGCUCGCGACCGAGCCCCCUCCUUGCAACAUACUGGCUGCCGUCUUGCUUUCGUUCUUUUUUCAAUCUCAAAGUGUAAAAUCUUCGGAAGCAUUCCAAGUCCGUGACCGGGCCUCCUUCUUCUUUCCUCUCGAAUUUGCGUUCGCAAUACACGGCCUUUCAGCCAUGUCUUUGCCGGAAGCCGAUCCUCCGAGUGGGACAUCUUCGCUGAAGAAAACCAUCACCCGCGGCCACAGCUGUAUGACUUGCUCGGCUCGUAAGGUUCGGUGCGAUGGACAUAGACCUUGUGCGACAUGUACAAAAUCCGCGGUUCCGUGUAGUUCAAAGCCGACCCAGCCAGCUCGGGCAAAGGCCGCAAACGCUGCAAAGCGAGCCCGGGACCGGGGAAAUGUGUCUUCUACCAUAGAGCACACACCGGAUCUUGACAAGCAACAGUCGAGUGUUGCUGAACACAUCAAUGAUCAAGGUCACUCGCAUUAUGUUGAGAACACUAUGUGGAUUGGAGUAGGCAAAGAACUUCUUAGUCCGACAAAUCAAGAAGACUCGGAGACCGAUCUUGCCCCGACGCCUUCGACAAGCUCGAACCCGUUUGUUGCCGAGAGUCUCAUCCUCGGAGGAUCUCCAGUUAACUUGGCUGGCAAGCAUCCCAAUUCGGCGUGUCUGAUGUGGCUAUGGCAGACCUUUCUGGAGAAUGUCAAUCCUCCGGUCAAGAUAUUGCACACCCCCACUGUUCAAAAGAUCAUCUUGGGCGUGGCCUCUGGUCUUUCGAAAACGAUGCCCGCAAAUAAAGAGGCACUCUGUUUCUGUAUCUAUCUGAUUGCUAUUUGCUCCGUACCUCAUUGCAACCAUGACGAAUGCGAGAGAGUUAUGGGUCAGCCGAUGGAUGAAUCAAUCGAUUUGUACACCGGGCUAGCUCAGCAGGCUCUUGUCAAUGCACGAUUCAUUCAGAAGCCCAACUUCACCACGCUCCAGGCCUUUGCUCUGUUCUUGGUCAGCCAGAGGACAAGGUUCGAACCUAACGUCUUGUGGCAGCUGACAGGAUUAGCAAUUCGUGCUGCACAGCAGAUGGGCUAUCAUCGGGAACAAGCGCUCAAGAGCCCAUCUGUAUCGAUAUUCCAAGCGGAGCUACGACGGCGUCUUUGGUGGGAACUUGUGCUUCUUGAGAGCUUUAGCGCUAAGCAAUGCGGAGUCCGGUCCAUCGUCUCUUCCAGGUCUUUCUGGGAUACCAAGCGGCCUUUGAACAUCAACGACACGGACCUUCACCCAGAGAUGUGUCAUAGUCUUGAGGAUUAUCGCGGUAUGACUGAGAUGAGCUUUUGCAGCGCGAGGUUCGAGAUCGGGUCAUUCACUAUUGAUCAUUCCGGCAUGGACAAGUCGUCUCAAAACGUCGACGAGGUUGACUCUAGGAUCGAAGAACUACUCAAAGGACUGCAUGAUAGACUGCUGAAGUACUGCGACCCUUCGGUACCAAUGCACAAUAUGCUUUUGCUAUUCAGCAGAGGCGCGACAACUCGCGUCAAGCUGACUGUUCGUCGGCACCAUAUGUAUGCGAGAGGUGCCGGCUUGUCAUUGGAAGAGCGCGACAAGACUUUCCUCCUCUGCUUGCAGCUUACAGAGGUACCCAACAGCUUUUCAAAGAACAAAGAGAUCCAGAAGUUUAUCUGGCAGGCCAUGGCUUUCUUUCCCCUGGACGCGCUUCUGUUUAUGCUGGGAGAAAUAGCAUAUCGAACAGAACAACCGCCGCCAGAAAUCGACCGUGCCUGGGAAGAGAUAGAGAGAUCCUUCGAGCUUCAACCACGAUUGUUGCACGAUGAGAGUAAUGCGAUGUAUAGUGCUGUCAGAAACCUCACCCUCAAAGCUUGGGAUAGGUCGGUGAACAGACAGUGGAUCGGCUCGAAUGUGCCUCGAUUUAUACAAUUGCUCCGCUCCAGGUCUUUGGCUAUAAGAUCCACGGACUCAUCAGUUAACCUGAUUGGCACAUCUGGAGCACUGGAAAUACUUGACGAGAGCCUGUUCAAUUUUGAUUCUGAGAGUCUGAACCCGAGCUGGAGCAAGAUUGUUAUUCCGGACGACCCCGAGUUCUGGGCUUAUUGGCAGCAGUUUGACGCCGAACUAUCUGGCGUCUGAGCAGUCUCGAAUAUAGCACUGCUGCCGCCUCAGAUAUGGCUUGAUAUCGCUCAGCCAGCAGCAACUCGGUCGAGCGCGGUCGAAGCCAGAAGGUUGUUAUACAGAACUCGAUAACCUUAGGCUGCCAGUGUCCACGGCAAGCACAAGA